AUGCAUAAUUAUUUGUGUAUCGGGUAUGCUAUUUUUGCAGUUGUCGUUGGUCAGGUUUGGGCAGGAUGCGAAAGACCUCUCGAAGUAAGAGGAGUGGAAGAUUAUUGUUGGUCAACCAGAGUUGAAAUGAGCGAACGAAUUCACGAAGUAGAGAAAAAAGUCGUCACUUUUGCGAGGAAAAAAUUAGGAAUGGACGUUGACGAACCCAGCGAUCCACAAAAGUGCGACUACUACUACUGCGUAUUUCAAGAACUAAAACUGCUGAACCCACAAUACGACGUCCCUUGUAUAGAUAGAACAUCAACAUGGGUAAAGAAGAACGUCGUCUAUGUCCAAGCCGUCGAACUUUUAGAAAGAAUUAAAAUGUGUACUGGGGAAUUAGCAAAUGUUACAGGAGCAAACUUUAAUUUUUAUGCUGACAAUGUGGACAAACCUCAAAGUGAAAAAGCCCUUGAAAAUUCUGGGGAACCACAAACCAAAUGCGAAAUUUCCAAGGAAUAUAUGAAGUGCUUAGCAGUAGCAGAAAAAGACGUUGAUUGUCCAAUAUUUAUGUAUCCUUAA